AUGGCGCCAACUACUGACCGUGGGCUGCGAAAGCUGAACACCGGCAUUGCUUUGAUGCUGUCUGCGUCUGCUACUUCGGGGUACAACGCUAGCCAAAUCAACAGCUUGCUCGUCCUCCCUGAAUUCGCUUUGUUCAUAAGCGGUCUCAACUCCAGCGCCAAAGGCCUCAUCAUCGCCGCCGUUUCUUUGGGAUCAUUCCUCACUUUCAUCCCUGCCUCAUACAUCGCGGAUCGUCUGGGCCGCCGAACAUGCGUCAGUAUCGGAGCAAUGCUAGUAAUCCUAGCAGCAAUCAUCCAAACCGCCAUCGCACACCCAUGGGCCUUCUUCGGGGCCCGCGUCGUCACGGGAAUGGGAGUAGGCGUUUCGCAAACCGCCGCACCCCUCUUGAUCACAGAAUCGGCACACCCCCGUCAGCGAAGGACACUGACUGGACUAUACAACGCCGUCUGGUUCAUCGGAUCGAUUACAGCGGCUGGAAUCGCCUUCUCCACUUUAUCGUUACAGAAUAGCUGGUCCUGGCGAGUUCCUUGCCUAAUGCAGAUCAUUUAUCCAACUCUACAACUUGUCGCGCUAUGUGUCAUCCCUGAAAGUCCGAGAUGGCUAGUUUCGAAGGGGCGGAAGGGUGAGGCGUUGGCUAUGCUUACGCGGUAUCAUGGGAAUGGAGAUCGACAGGCGAAGGUAGUGCAAGAGCAGUUUUAUCAGAUUUGCAGCAGUAUUGAUGCUGAGGCGGGUUUGGAGGCUGCUUCACAGUGGAGUUCGUUUUUGAAGACUAAGGGCGACGCGCAUCGAUUGGCUAUUUGCAUUUUGCUGGGCUUUAUGCAGGAAUGGACGGGAAAUGGCGUCAUCUCUUACUAUCUCGCUCCGAUUCUCUCAUCGGUCGGAAUCAACGAUGCAGCACAUCAGGCGGCUGUCAACAUCAGUCUGCAGGUGUGGAACCUGAUAUUCGCUGUCGGCGGCGCGAGUACUUCCGAUCGCUACGGCCGACGUGUUCUAUGGCUGAGUGCGACGACCCUCAUGUUGAUAUUCCUGUCAACAUGCACAGUCAUGUCCGGGCUAUUCACAGAACUCCAUAUCCUUGAGGCAGGAAUCGCAGUCGUGCCAAUGCUAUUCCUGUUCUGUGGAUCCUACGACUUCGCCUACAUGCCCUUGUUCAUCGCCUACCCAGCCGAGAUCCUCCCAUUCCAGCUCCGAGCUAAGGGUCUCGCUAUCACGCUUACCACGGAUUCACUGGCCUGCUUCUUUAACCAAUAUGUGAAUCCGGUUGCAUUUUCCGUUCUCCACUGGAGAUAUUUUUCCCUCUACUUGGGCUGCCUUGUCUUUUUCAUUGGUGUUGUAUACUUCCUGUUCCCGGAGACACAGGGCAGAUCGCUUGAAGAGGUUGCACAGAUCUUUGAUCGGAAGGAGGUUGAAUCUGUGGAGUCGUCUGACGAGAAGGUUGUGCAGACUAUGCCUACUGCUCCGAAAUACGAGUGUUAG